CACAUCGAAUGACACAUCGAUCGGUUCCAUCAGACCCCGUAUCAAUCGCUUGAAAUAUAUUCAGUGAAAUUUUUUAAAUAUUCUAGAAAAGAGCAAUGGACGCAUCAGAGGCUGAAUCCUCAACUGUCCCAGAUGGAGCAUGUGUCUCCACGCUGAGGACUUUGGACGUAAUCGAUACUGACAUUGGCCAAGUGCUGACGGAAUACAAAAUGAACCACAAGAAACGCGGUCUCGGCCUGAUCUUCAGCCAUGAGCACUUCAACGACGAAAAACUGACACCGCUUCCCCACACGAAAGUGGAUAGUGCGAAACUAGAACGUGCUCUUAAAAAAUUGGAUUUCAGAGUAACAAUUUACAAAGAUUUGACCCAUCUGCAAAUUAAAGCGAAGAUCAACGAUGCUGCUGCCCAAAAUCAUGCGAAUCGCGAUUGCAUCCUGGUGGCUUUUCUCACGAAUGGCGACGACAACGACAAAAUCCAUGCCAAGGACGAGAGCUACCAGCUGGAAAGCAUCUGGCAAGCAUUCGCAGCGGACAAAUGCAAAUCGCUAGCUGGCAAGCCAAAGAUCUUCAUUGUUCAGGCAUGUCGCGGCAAGAGACGGGAAACCGGCUAUUUGAUUUCAAACGCCGGAUCACAGACCGAAACCGAUGGUCACGCCAAGAUUAGGAGUAACUAUCGGAUUCCCUGCUAUUCGGAUUUCCUGAUUGCCUUCUGCACUAUUCCCAAGCACUGCUCGUGGGGUAAUACGGUGGAAGGCAGCUGGUUCAUACAUCAUCUCUGCGCCGAACUGGAGGCCAACGGCCGGAAACUGAACAUGCUGCAUCUGCUCACAUUCGUUGCCCAGCGCGUCUCUAACUGCGAGAGCUACGACGAGCAUCAGAAACAAAUCACCUGCACCAUGUCCACUUUAACGCGUGAUUUGCAUUUGGCAGAAGGCACCCAUAAAAUGAAUUUUGAUGCAGGCGCAUCUGCCUAAUUAUAACUAUUUUUAUGUUUCCAAAGAACUGCAAUAUGUAUUGAUUAAAAUAAAACUUAAUGCAAUCGAA